CUGCUAGUGGUAAACAAAAUUCGAAAUGCUGCACUUCGGAUUCCUUUUCUGGAGCUCCUUAAUUCUGCUGGGUUCGCGAGGAUCUUUGGGUGAUUCUCAGGACAAUGGACGAACCGUGUAUCUUCUCAACGAUCCUGAAAACCAGUGCGGCAAGUUCUGCCUCUCCGCCCUCCAACCGAUGAUCGACCUGGGCUCUGAGACCAGUUUACAGUUGAGGGGCAUCCAGGGCGAACAGCAGUCUACGCAGAUGAAGCUGGUGGCGAUGAAGUCCAGGCUGGAGGCCCAGAGGUUGCAAAUCCUGAAGUCCCUCGACAGGUUGCCCUCGACAGAGGACCUGGAGUCCGCCCUGCGUGGAACCGAAGAAAGGCUCAUGAAGGUGAACUUUGAAUUGAAAAAUCAACUGCUGGAGCUCGAAUCGAAAGGGGAAGGCAGGCACACCGAAAUUCGAGAAUCCCUGAGAAGGGCCAGCAUUCAAGAAGAUUUCCAGGCAACCGUGAACCGGACGGAGGAGCAGACUGUGGCCAUAAACUUGGAGAUGCAGAAGCAGCGCCAGAUUCUGCAGGACAACCUAGAGGAGGAGAUGCAUAGCCAGCUGGACUCGCAGCUGGAUGCGGUGCACAACAUGCUGGGUUCGAAAUUUGACGAACUUUUGGAUGCCCUUAAGAGCGAAAUGGAAGGACACCUUAAGGCGGUGAGAGCUGAGAUGAAAGCCCAGUUCCAAUUGCUACAGGACAGGCUGGAGGACCAGAGUGCACCUGCCCCAGAGUCCAGCAAGAAGUCAAUCACAAGUGAAGAUAUUACCGACACAAGGAACCAACUUCUGGCGCUGCUGAAAAGCCAAUUAGAAGGGGAUGGAAAAAAUGCGCAGGGCUUUGAGAAAAUCGGUACCAGGUAUUUCCGCAUAGAAGAUGGUAUUAAGAUGCGUUGGUCUGAGGCGGCAGACUCCUGCAAGGCGAUGGGAGGACAUUUGGCGGCCAUCCGGGACCAAGAAGAACUGGAUGCCAUCUCAGCGAAGCUCAAGCCAGGAGCCGAUUACUGGCUGGGCAUCAACGACAAGGACGCAGAGGGCGAGUUCGUAUCUCUGGCCACCAAAAAGGCGGCUCCCUUCCUCAAAUGGAGGGCUAGAGAGCCCAACGAUUAUGAAGGCUCCGAGGAUGGCGUUCUUCUGCGUGACGGAGAAAUGAACGAUGCUUGGCUGAAUUGGCAUCAUUAUUACAUUUGCCAGGCGGAUGACAACGUAUAGGUUACGAAGCUGUUAAAAAUAUAUAAAAAACUGAUUGUAAAAGCCCUUUUUCAUUUACCAUUUUUAACUAGAUUUUGCAGACUUUAAGUAAAAAAUUAUUUUCAUAAAAAAUGUAGGUAAAUGUAAAAGAUAGUGUUUGAUUAAUAAUGUUUAAAAAUAUCACUCAUGUCUUUGACUUACAUAUAUUGAUAUUUAUUCCUACUAAGACUUCAGAAUUUUGGGAAAAUGUGAAGAGAAUCGGAUGACUUUAUUAAAUAGCUAAAAAAUAAAUAAAAACGGCACUAAAUUGAAAUGGAAAGUUCUCUUAAAAUUCCUGUAAUUAGGUUUUAUUAUUCCAAAAAUCAUAAAGCUGAGAAGGACUCCCGUAAGGGUAUAGAAAAUAAUAAUUAUGAUUCUUGAAAGUAUAUUAUUUUAAUUUUUAUACCUUUAUUGUCAAUAUAAUCAAAGCAAAGAAACUUUGUAAA